AUGGAAUCCCUCAACCAAAACCUCAUGCUCUCUUCCUCUUCCUUCUUCUCCAUCCCCUUCCUCCUCACCACGCUAAUUGCAAUCAUUCUUGCAGCCACCUUAUUCAUCGUCCGAAACCAUAGAAAGCUAACCACAACCGCCGGUUCAAACUCGCCGCCGGGCCCAUGGAAGCUCCCCAUCAUAGGCAACAUCCACCAGAUGGUCGGCGACCAACCCCACCGCCGGCUCAGGGACCUCGCCCGCAAACACGGCCCCGACGUCAUGCGCCUCCAGCUCGGCGAGCUCUCUUGCAUCGUAAUCUCGACCCCUGAAGCCGCCAAACUAGUCAUGAAAACCCACGACAAGGCCUUCGCGUCACGGCCCCGUCUCCUGGCUGCAGAUUUAGUCUUCUACGGCAGCAAGAGCCUAACCCUGGCGCCCUACGGAGAGUUCUGGAAGCAGAUGCGCAAGAUCUGCACCCUGGAGCUUCUCAGCGCCCAACGAGUCCGAUCCUUCCGCUCCAUAAGGGAAGCGGAGGUCUCCGAUCUCGUGGCCUCCAUUGCUCGCGCAGCAGCUGCAGGGAAAGCCGUGGAUCUCAGCACGAUGCUGCCUGCUUUGACGACCGCCAUAACUUCCAGGGCUGCAUUCGGCAAAUCGCAGCAGCUGACCACCGAUCGUGCUUUCCAGGUGGUUUUCGACAACAUUUCGGAGGUUUUGGGAGGUUUCGCAAUCUCUGAUCUCUAUCCUUCACUCAAAUGGCUGCCUGCCCUCACUGGGUUGAAAGCAAGGCUGGAGAAGCUGCGGAAGGCGUCGGACUCGGUACUAGACCGGAUCAUCGACGACAAUAGAUCCAGGAAAUCGUCAGCGACGACGGCCGCCGAAAGCAAAGGUGAUGACGAAGAGAAUGUUCUUGAUAUUCUUCUCAACCUUCAGGAAAGCCAGGAUGCUGGAGUUCCCAUCACCAUGGAUGUCAUUAAAGCAGUGACUUUGGAACUAUUUAUGGGUGGUGUUGACACAUCAGCGUCAACGGUUGAGUGGAGCAUGUCGGAAAUGAUAAAUAAUCCGAGAAUACUACAUAAAGCACAACAGGAGGUGAGACAGGCGCUCGGUGAUGACCGUGGAAACAGUGUGGACGAAGCUAGCCUUCAUCGGUUGAAGUAUUUGGAUAUGGUCAUCGCCGAGACUUUAAGAUUACACCCGCCGGGUCCUCUGCUCGUUCCGCGAGAAAAUAGAGAGCGACAGGUGGAGCUGAAUUCGUACGUCAUCCCGGCCAACACCCAUGUUAUCGUGAAUGCAUGGGCGGUCAAUCGAGAUCCCCGUUACUGGACGGAGGCGGAGAGAUUUGUUCCGGAGAGAUUUGUGGACCGCUCCAUUGAUUAUACGGGGAACGAUUUUCAGUUCAUUCCAUUUGGUGCUGGGAGAAGGAUGUGCCCUGGAGUUUCUUUUGGAACGGCGGUCGUAAAACUUACUCUAGCUAGUUUGCUUUUCCAUUUUGACUGGUCACUUCCGGCUGAACAAAAAAGCAUUAAUCUGACAGAAUGCUUUGGAGCUACACUCAGAAGACAAUAUGCACUUCAUCUUCUUCCAACUCAAUAUUGCAGCGUGCUUUGA